AUGGAGAACCCUCGAACAAUUCGGGAACUUCACCGUUUGGUGAAGGAUAAGGUCCCUAGCUUAGUUUUCCUUUCUGAAACCAAGCUACAUAGAAAGAAAAUGGAGAACUUGAGAGUGAAUAACCGGUUUGAUAACUGUUUUGUUGUUGAUUGUGUCGGACGGAGUGGAGGGUUAGCGGUUCUUUGGAUGGAGGACAUUAAUGCGGAAAUUGUUAAUUUUUCGAACAGCCACAUCUCGUUAAGCAUCAAGAAUUCUAUUGAUAGCCCUCCUUGGUUACUCUCUGGUUUCUAUGCAUCGAAAAUGAUAAAAGGGACUCUAGUAAACCAAAGGUGUUCCGCUACGAGGCAGCGUGGUUCAGGAAGCAGGAGUGUAUUGAAAUUGUGGAAAAUGCAUGGUCACUACCCUGUAAUCAGAAUCGUCCUCUUCUUUGGUUUAAGGAAGGACUGGCGCGAUGCAGAGAAAAACUCCACAGUUGGGCAAAGAGCAAUGCAGGAUUGCUUUAUAAGAAGUUAA